CAACAGCUGCUCCAACCACAACAGCUGCUCCAACCACAACCACUGCUGCUCCUACCACAACUACAGCUGCUCCAACCACAACAACUGCUGCUCCAACUACAACCACUGCAGCUCCAACCAUAACAACAGCUGCUCCAACCACAACCACUGCAGCUCCAACCAUAACUACAGCUGCUCCAACCACAACCACAGCAGCUCCAACCGAUUCAACAUCUGCUCCAACCACAACAGCAGCUCCCACCAUCACCACAUUUGCUCCAACCACUACAAUAUCAACCACAAUAUCUAAACCAACCUUAAUGCCAUCUACUCAAAACCAAACCACAGCUAUUCAAACAAUUCCAGCUACUGAGGCAAAUACCACAACUGAACCUCCUGCUCCAGUGUUUCAUGUUGGAGUGGUUGUUUUCGAACCAUUUGAUGAAGAUCUCAAAGAUGAAAAGAGCCCAAAAUUUAAGAAUCUUGCACAAAGGAUCACAGCAGUAUUUGACAUGCUCUACAAGGAAGCUUUUGGAGCCCUCUUCAUCCGCAGUUAUGUCAUUGCAUUUAGAGUUCCUUUAGCAUCCCGAAUUCGAAUGAAUGCCACUGAAGCAGAAGUUGGGCUUGAGUUUAACAAAACCACACCACUUGUGGAACUCCCCAGGAACGAAGAUGUACAAAAAACAUUAGCAGCUGCUAUAGACUCACACUCUAACAACACUAUCUUGAAUGUGCCAUUUUCACCUGGUUCUGUCCAAGUAUUACGCACACCUUUGCCAACCACACUGCCCACUACAAAUUCAACAGAAACUACCAUCGCUCCAAACUCAACCACAACUCCAUCUUCUACAGUUAAACCAACAACCAAAAUACCUCCAACUGUGGAGGCAACAGUCACAAGGAAACUGACUUUUAGGUCUCUUGGUGAGACCUUCACCACUGACUUGCUGAACCCAUCAUCUGCCGCAUUUAAAAAUCGAGCUGCACUUAUAAAGUCAAACCUUGAACCGCUCUUCCAGAGAGAGUUUUCUACGUUACGCGACUUCAUUGUAACUUCAUUCAGCAACGGAUCAAUUAUCAACAACAUGGACCUUAAAUUUUCAGCAGCGUUUCUACCGACCAACAUUCAAAUUGCAGAGGUUUUGCUGAAAGCAGCUUCGAACGUCACAGCUUUCAACAUCGACACCGCUUCUAUUCUUGUGGAUGACACACCGGUAUCAAGUGGAGUAAGCCACAACAUCAGCCUCAUCACUGCACUCAGCAUGGUCCUGCUGUCAUGGCUUCUUUCAAACCAGCAAUAACGUCUCUGCUGGUUUCCAGAGAAUGAUGUGCUGGAAAAUAUCAAAUCUUACUGGUGUGAAGAAGGACAUUGUAAAAAUUUACUCACGACACUUUAAAACUUUAAAAACAUUUAUUGAAACUUGAUGCUGUAUAACAGUGACUGUGUUUAUUUGGAUUGUCAGUCUAUUCAAGUUUGUUCCUAUCAGUUCUUUCUUAUUUAUUUACAUAAACUUGAUUAUUAUGGUAAAUUAAUAUAAUUUAUAAUUUUGAAAGGUAACAUGAAGGACUAUUUAAUGAAUGACUAUUUAGGUCAGAGACUGUUUAGCUAA